AUGCACGUGUCAUCGCUGUCCACGCUGGAGCGGUGCAGGUGCUUGAUGCGCUGCAGCUCGCUGCGCAGCUGUUUCUUCGUGUACACCACGAGCCACCACAUGCCUAGCACCGUGAACACGUCCACCCACCGCCGACGACACGGCAAACCUGUGGCAGAAGCGGCUUCCAACUGGAGUUCUGAAGCACCUGUCCCGGUGACGAUGCCGAACAUGGAACCCGCGAGGAUCUCAAAGCCUGGCGACGGGAUGCAAAGUGGGAUGCCAACCGCUAAAAUGAGCGGAAGUAGCAUGGUACCCAUUGUUGGGUUGGCCUGGAGCCAGGUCAUGCUGUUGGCGAUGUAG